GCCCUGGUAGGAAACAAGGAAAUAACCUUGGAAGAGGGAGCUCUGUCUGUUGCCCUUGUGGGACAUUUUUAUAUAUUUAUUUAUUAUUUUUAAAGAAGAAGUCGAUUUAAACGGUUUGAUUUUGAGCGCACUGCUUAUUCUGAGCGCCUCUGUGGAGAUUUUGGUUUUAUGGGACAGUGGAUCAGGUGCGCGGCUGCUAGACUGAGUUUUUUCUUUUCUGGCUUUAGUGCACUGCUAAUUGAUAAAUCCGGUGCGUGUUUCAGCGCGCAGCCUUCAUCAGGAGCGCCCGCCCCGCUGGGCUUUCUCCAGGAGGAGAUUGAUUCUCGUCUCCGGGAUUUACGGUGGAAACAGCCGGAGCCGCUCCCCAAUCAGGGAAGACGAGAUGAAAUCUUCCCACAUCGGAUCCUCUGUAGUUUGUAACGUUUAGGUGUUCUCUCGUUGAACGGGGAUCCAAUUACACGCACAAGACUUGUGCGUAUUUUAUUAUUUGUUCGUUUUUUUAAUUUCUCCCGGGGAGGGGGCUGCGUGUGGGUCGCCUCCGCAGUCUCGGAUGCGUAGUAAGCGCGGAGGAGUGGAUUGGGUCGCCUUGGAGCCGCGCAUACGCACACAUCGUCAUCGAUAAAAGCGAUAGGUGAGGAUGAAGGCGAGCGGAAGCAUCAUCAUCGGAAGCUUGGGGAAAGUCAUACACCGUAAAACCGCCGGUGCUCUGGAUUAAACUCUCCCCCCUCGGGCACCAACUCUCCUCUCUCUGGGGAUUCAUCAUCCUUCUGAUCCAGGAGCGCCGCUCGACCAGACGCUUGCAUUGAUCUGCUCUUCUAUUAAAAACAGUGAAAAGGAGGGAUACUGGGAGGGAAUCUGCGGAGCAACACAUUGCCUACAAUGGCAACCGGUGCGCUUCUUCUUGCCUGCGCGCUGCUCGCUGGCGUUGCUGUGGCUCAGAGAGUUGUGACAGUCCAGAGUGGACCUCUCAUUCGAACCGAAGGCUCCCAUGUGACCAUUUGGUGCAACGUGACGGGCUACAAAGAGGGAAGAGAGCAGGACUUUGAGUGGUCCAUGUACUUGCCAACAGUGCCGGACCGGGAGAUCCGGAUUAUAAGCACGGCUCAGUCCAACUACGCCUAUGCCGUGUAUUCCCAGCGGGUGAAUGAUAAAGAGAUCUUUGUGGAGAGGCUUAGCAGGGACUCGGCGGUGCUUCACAUCACCAAAGUGCAGGCCAAGGACCAGGGUCUGUUUGAGUGUUACACACCCAACACGGAUGGACAAUACCUGGGAUCCUACAGUGCACGCACCAACCUCACUGUCAUCGCUGACUCGUUGACCGUAUCAGCUCCACCUCAGACUCUGUCCAAAGUGGAAGGUGACACGUUACAGCUCACCUGCGAAGUGUCUCGGACCACGGAGCAGCACACCCACCUGUCGGUCGGAUGGUAUUUGAGGUCUCCGGAGGAUGCAGCCGCCCCGCCUCAGGAGCUGGUCACCCUGUCCAGGGACUUUGUUUUGCGCUCUGGAGGACCUUAUCGACAGAGGAUAACAGCGGGGGAUCUGAGGCUGGAUAAAACCAGCGCCACAGCCUACAGGUUGACCAUUCACAAGCUGCAGCCGAUAGAUCAGGGACUGCUUUACUGUCAGGCCACCGAGUGGAUUCAGGACCCAGACGGAAGCUGGUUCGCUAUGACUCGCAAACAGAGCGAUAAGAUUCAGCUUCGAAUACAGCCCACUGACCGGGACUUCAGCAUCCAGGUGAGCACGGAGCGACGGUCCUUCACGGUCGGUGAGCCGCUGGAGCUCCGCUGCACCAUAGAGGCGCAGAAUGUCCCGGAGCGUUUCUUCUCGGUGUCGUGGGUCUUCAGCAGCUCACCGGUGGCCGUGGUGGGCCCCAGUGCCGUGCCUGCUCUGGGGCCUGAUUACGUUGCCCGGGAAGCAGCUGGACUCAUGACCGUGCGUAAAGAGAGUCCCAACGUGCACCUGCUCAAGCUGCAGCGCCUGCACAUCGCAGAUUCUGGGAAGUACAUCUGCCGAGUCACAGAGCGAGAAAAGACACCAACAGGGGACUUCAUUGAUCGUAGCAAGAGGUCUCGAAAUGUCCAGAUCACUGUUCAACAGCUUAAGAGCAACAUCACAGCGUCACUGUCCACCAACUCCUCUGAGGUCCUCGAGGGCGACCCGAUCCAGUUGACCUGCACAGUCCGCUUCACUACAGGCCCCUUGUCUGUUGUCUGGCAGUUGAUUAGCAAGCAAGAAACUGAACCAAUCCAGGAAGUGGCAUCUGUGGAUCAGGAUGGGGCUAUAAUUCAUGGCCCUACGUACAAAGAACGCUCCAGCUACGGAGACAUUCGCGUGGAGAAGCUUCGAGCGGACACCUUCACUCUGUCUAUUUACAACGCCUUACCUGGGGAUGAGGGUCAGUACUACUGUACGGCUACUGAGUGGUUCCAGAUCGGCAGUGAACCAGAGCUCAACUGGGAGAAGAUGGGAGAGAGCUCAGCCAACAGGACAAUCAACGUCAAGACUGUUGAGUCCUCUUUCAUGGUGUCCGCCUCAUCUCGGACACCAUCGAUAAACUUUGGAGAAUCCUUUGACCUCCUGUGCCUAGUGAAGCCCCGUCACAACCCACGUGUGCCCACUUCUGUCACGUGGCGCUUCCUGCCAGCCAGCACGCGAGCGGACGACGAGGACCAGGGAGAUUUCAAAGACCUGGUGACUUUCACUCGUGAAGGCACCCUGCAGUGGGGGGAGCAACUGCUUGGGUUGGGUACCCGCACCACAGUGGACCGUUCUCACUCCAACACAAACUUUCGUCUGUCGGUUACUCGCGCCGGGCGCCGCGAGGCGGGAAAAUACCAGUGCACCGCCGUCCUGUGGAGGAGAAACUACGACAACAGCUGGAGCAAAGUUGCCAAUCGCACCUCCAACUUGCUUGGCAUCAGCGUCCUACAGCCAGAGAGCAGACUCAAAGUGCAAAAGAACAACCAGUCUUUGGUGUACCUGGAGGACAGCCGGGUCAGGAUUAAUUGCUCCAUCACCACCCAGACCAGCCAAGACUCCCAGCAUGCUGUGCUUUGGUACGUGAGGCGUGCAGCGGGGUCAGAAGCUGACGAGCUCCUGCUGAGAAUCGAACGCUCCGGAGCCUUUGAGUACGGCGCCUACGCAGACGAGGAACGACUCCGACGGCGAGUUCAGUCCGAACGACUGUCGCCUCGCCUCUACGUGCUGACCCUGAACAGGGCAGAGAGCAGCGAUUCGGGGACGUAUUACUGCCUGGUGGAGGAGUGGCUGAGCGACCCGGACGGAGCCUGGUAUCGACUCUCUCGGGAGUCUUCAGGGUACACCCAGGUUCUGGUCAGACAGCCAGAAGUUCGUCUGCAUGUAGAAGAACAUGAGUCAAACAUCACAGUGGAGGAGUCCAGUUCAAUACGUUUGGGCUGCAGCAUCCCUUCACAAUCAUCUCCAGACUCCCGUUUCUCCGUGUUUUGGUACGUGGAGCGUUCUGUUGACGACGACGUCGAGGACCAGCCGGGUGAGGGAGACGGUGAGCGGGAGUGUGUGUUCUCCAUCGGCCAUGAUGCCAUUUUUGGAAAUGGGAACUGCAGUCCUCGAGAAGAAGCAGAACUAAACUCCCGCUUGCAGUUUGAAAGGACAACUUCGGACCAGUACGGUCUGACCAUUCGGGAAGCACGGCCAACGGACGCGGGUCGCUACUACUGUCAUGUGGAGGAGUGGCUCCUCAACCCUCGCAACUCAUGGUAUCGGCUGGCCACUAAUAACUCUGGAUUCACCAUCGUCAAUAUACUCCCACAAGUGUCCACCAUCCAUUCCGUGGUGUGCUCCAAUGAGUCCUUCUUCUAUUUCAUCUUCUUCUACCCCUUCCCCAUCUUCGGCAUCCUCCUCAUCGCCUUGCUGCUGGUUCGCUUCAAGAGCCGCAACAACAACAAGAGCCAAGAGGGCAAGAAUGGCGCCCCCCUCCUGUGGAUUAAAGAGCCUCACCUGAGUUACUCUCCCACCUGUCUGGACCCACCCGCACUCAGCUUGCACCCUGGUUCAGUUGACUAAACAGGUUUUACCCCUCACAAACUCACACACACGCACACACACCUCCCCAGCUCUUGCUCACACGCGUCGCGGACUCAGCCAACACAAAGCUAGGGAGUGAGUCUGGACUCAGAACUUACUGUUGUUUAAUGCUGUGUCCAAUAGAGUUUGAAGAGUUCUGCCCCGGCAGCUAUUUGUUUUUAUGUUAAAAACUGUGUGUGUGUGUGUGUGUGUGUGUGUGUGUGUGUGUGUGUGUGUGUGUGUGUGUGUGUGUGUGUGUGUGUGUGUGUGUGUGUGUGUGUGUGUGUGUGUGUGUGUGUGUGUGUGUGUGUGUGUGUGUGUGUGUGUGUGUGUGUGGACAAGAACGGAUGUAUCAUUUCAGCACGAUUAAAUAAUCGUGCAAGUGCAAACUGAAGGGCAAGAGAGUGCCACAAACCUCUCCUACGUUUUUUUCUUUUCGUUUGUUUUCUGUGAAACCUAACCUCAUCGUCGCGUUUGGAUUCCAUCACCCUGAAUAGUUGUCUAUUUUUCAAAAGAGGAGAACCUGUGCACACGAGGUCGCUGGCCAGUCCGGGAAGAACAUUCAAAAAAAUUGAACUCUGUAGGCGACUUUGACACUACUAUGUGGACGCCAAAUAAAAAAGUCUCUGAGCAGCCACAGCCUUGCCUACUAUGUUGGUUGCCAUAGCAAUGCUCUGCUCGGCUCCCACUGACUUUGUGGCUGCUGACUCGGUUGCCAGGCUGCAAAGAGACAAAGACUAGGACACACAAGUCUGUGUCCUGAGUGAGGAUGUGUGUUGGCCCACCUGCCUUUACAAUGGAUUUGCCUUGGCAGACUGGAACAAGCCCUGGUGUGCCACUUAAACACUGCCAGACACUCUGGCCCGAGUGAAAGACUGCCCCCACUCUUCUCCUCUACCGGUCCGAAAAGACGGCAAGAGGUCGGAAAUGAAGGAGACUAAAUGAGCAUCUCUCUCUCCUGCCGAGGAUGUAUGUGCUUAAACAUAAGGGAUUUAUUUCAGUGCCAAGUCCUCCUUGUCUCUAGUUCUCCUCUGCAGCUAAUGUCUGAAGUUUCAAAGAGAGCAGGGGAGCUGAUGGUUUCAGAGACAGACUAUUAAUGUGUCUGCAUACCUCCCGCUGUGGAUUUACGAGCCUUGUUGGCAGUUUGAUGUUAAAUAAGUUGAACUGUCCCGGUUAAAUUACUGAAGAAAUCAUGUUUUUGCACAUUUUCUCUAGCAGUCUGACUCCAUUCUCAGUAGAAGAACACCUAGUGCAUAUUAGUUUUGCAAAAACUCUUUGGAUUUGUUAGAGGCCAUAAUGAAGAUUAAUAAUAUGUAGAGGUGUCAUAAAACACCAAAUAUAUUAUCUGCAUAUAAUGAGAACAAUCUGAUGAAGUCAAAUGUUUGGUUUGUGGUUUUGUUUUUCUAUUUAUUAUUUUAUACAUAUUUUACUUUUUUUGCAUUGCUUUGUAUUUUUAGUUCUUAUUAUUAUUAUUUUGCUUUGAAAUUUUCUAAAAACUGUGCUGCUUGUGUUGCCAGGCAACUGCGCCAAGCACAUUAUAUCACUAGCCUGUGUGUUGACAGUGUGGUAGAAGUAGAAAUGCUAGAUCUGUCCUGCUCAUUGCAGUGUGUAGCAUUUCAUUCGGGGCUGUCGGGUUUGUUCAGUGUCAAAACACACUGUAAAUCUACACAUACCAGAUUAAAUGUGGCUUUUAUAAAAUGUAGACUAGUUUUGAACGGGCAAGUCACAAAAAUGGAUCCACUCGAUGCUUUUUACUUGUUUAUUUGGUGAAAUGUGACAUAACACCUGAGCAGGACUCUAAUCAAAAAGAACUGAAUCUCAAAUGUUUUUUUUAAUAAUCUGACUGAACCAUGAUGGAAGGCAAUCAGAUGGGCUCAAAAGCUGUUUCUCAUCCUCUGCCAGAUUGGACAGGAGAACUCUCGGGUGGGGGGACAAAAGCUCGUCUCAGUUGUCUCAACAUGUAUAUUGCAUGACAAUAAUUACAGGAGGAAUUUUGAUGUUUUGUAAAUUUUGAACAUUUUUGAGCAUUGUGUUUUUGUGACAGGGCUGACAAACCUCUCCUUUUCCCCCUCCUGAACGUCCCGAGCCGAGAGUCAACACAAAGUCCAGUUCCCAGAGUCAUCUCCAACAUUUAACUGCCACUUCCAGAUGCCCUUCGAACUUGUAAAGUAGUUGAUUUUAAGAAUGGGUGUUGUGGAGACUGUGUUUGAUAUUAUUGCUCAUAAUUGUCUUUUUAAUGCUUUGCUUUUAUGCAGCACUUCAUUAAACAGAUUUAUGUCUAAAAGCCUAAAGUAUGUCACUAGUUCUGAGUCUGACAAGAUUUCAGCUUUCUGCUCAUCGGUUUGAAACUAACAAGGUGCUGAAAAGGGUUUCUGCAUAAAAUAUAUGGGUGUUUUAGGAAAAAGUACAAAGAUUCAAGCUUGUCUGCAGCUCAGAUUUGAUUUAUGCAUAUAAUGUUAUAACUUUUUUUAAUUAUUCUUUAAGGGGGAAUACGAUUGCUGAAAUGGUGACAAAGAGGGGCAGGUGGUGCAGCACAUAAGCUGCAUUUGAAGAGUAAAGAGCUUUUGUGACUGAAAAGAAAAUUCAUUCUUUAUUAUGUCUGCAUCUCUUUGAAAACCCAACAGGGGCACACUUUAUAAUCAUUUCAAAAAGGUAGUCUAACAAUUUAGUUUUCCAAACAGUUCAUAAAAUUAGCAUAGCUUCUUUUAAAUUUUCUAUGAAGCUGGUGGUUUUUUAUGGGGUCAGCAUCAUGCUGUUAUAUAGAUUCUAUAUGUAUGAUAAAAUAUUACCAUUGGCACUACUAAGAUGUCAUUUGUUUCCAAAUGUAAGUAGGUUUUGUGAGCCAUUACUUCUACUUUGAUACAAUGAAGUCCCGAUUCCAUCCAUUUCAAAAUGUAACUCUAGAUCCCCAGAAAAACAUCAAGGACCAUGAAGAAAGCAGCUUUUGGAACAUGCCAGCAUUGGUGAACUGGCUAUGAGGAGCACAGGGACAUUUCUCGUUGGCCAACGUGUCCCACUCAAAUCUCCAUUGAAGGGUGGAAACCGGUGGAAACACACUCUUGGAGCAUAGUUGUUGCCAUUCAAUCUUUGACAUCACUAAGUCUUUGCAGUGUCUGAUUUCUCAUAUGUUGUUCAGCCAGAAGAAUUCCCAUUAUGCUAACAAGAUGGCUGCAUUGUGUAAAAAAAUUAGACCAAUUAAUGGAAGUAGCACACACACACGAGCACACACCACUCGCACGAGUAAAAUACAGCUGGAAUGAAAAAUGGUCCCAGUCCAUCCCUCACACUCACCCACCAAACUUUAUAACUAUUCAGCUCGCAGUUAACGGUUAGCAUUUUGGUUUUACUCUACACUCUGCCCUCUCCAUCCGGUGGUUUUAAUGUUGGAAUGGCACCUGUUUGAAGGAUAAAUCCAUCUGACAACCCACACUGUUACAGCACAAUUUAAUAAGCAGUCUGCGAAACGACGGCCACAUUCUGGCUCAGUUUUGAAAGGUCCUGAAAAUAAAAUUCAACCAUUCCUUUGGAAACUCUUUUCAGGAAGACUGAACCGGGUUUCUCUAUCUUUUGUAGACAAACAUCUUUUGAGAUCUAGGAAAAGUACAGAGUGGAGGAGAAAGAGAUUAAACUGUGGAGAAGUAACUCCUCGCUUGCUACUCUGCAUUAGUGUUUACAGUCCAGGGGAGGAGGGAUCCAGAUGUAACGGAUCAAAGGUCAAGUUUUCAUCAAAUAAAUGACCAGAAAGUAACUUUUAAUUUGCAGACACAAACACACCAUCUAUCUGGCCUCCAAAACAGAAACCUACAAAGAAGACAAAACAUCUUCAGCGUCUCAUGCAGACGCGAGACUUCUGCAUCUUUGCUCUGAAUUAAGUUCAUCUUCCUGAAAGUUCCUAAGUGACUUUACAAUUUAUAGGUUGAAAUAAUCAAAUGAACAGGAUGUCUUAAUAUAUCAGUAUACUCAUACACAUAAGAUUAUUAUUAAUGUUUAACUUUCACUUCACCUAACUGUUUAAACAUUCUCAUUCACACAAAGAGUUAACCUCUCUGAGUAUCUGACUGAAGGCGUGACAUUCUGAGGUGUUUUGAUAAUGCCUUCAAAUGUGUCCGAUUCUGAUUUGCCAAAUUUAUCAACAAUGUGAUUUGAUAAAACAAGAAUUACAUCCUGAUCUAGUCCGUUUCUAGCUGACCUCUAGCUUCUAAAACCAUUCAGCCAAAUAGAUUUUACAACCCAGACUCCACAAACUCUCUCAGAUACUGAAGAAAGGUUUUGCUUAAACAUCUAGCUUCCAUUCCAUCAUUUCACCCACUACAUUCAAUCACUUCAUUCAAUAUUCCAUCAUUUCAUGCAUACGUUGUCUUGUAUAAGCAUUCGUUUCGGAAAAUAGAAAUAAAUACAUUUUUUAUAAACUAUAUACUUGACUCUGUUUGAAUUAAUAUGAAGUGUGUAUAUGGUCCCUGAACAAGUAAAAUAAACUAAAAUCUUCUGAUUAAACAUUCAAAGAUCAAUCAGAUUGAUAUUUAAUAUUUAUAUGGAAUUAUCACAUUGUGUUGAACAUGUGUUCCAUAUGUAGCCAAUCCUUAACACUACACAGAUGCUAGACUACCUGGAUGGGUAGAAGUAAAGCAUGAUGAUGCAAACAUGUCCCAUCCAGCCUUUUACAAAAGCAGAUUACAGCUAAAGGGAAGAAGCAGCUGAGACAGGAAAAUGCAUGAGUGAAGCAUGGGAGCAUUUCUCAUGAGGACAUAAUAAUUUAACACAGUCAAAAUCUCCAAAAUGUAUAUUUCACAUGACAUAGGGCUGUUAAAGACUUCUGUAUAUGGAGUUAGUAAAAUAAAUGUCUUUUAUUUAUUUAAUUUUUUUUUUGCUGCGGCUACUGUUAAAUCGCACAUUGGACACUCUAGCAAGUAAAUGGCCUUGAAGAAUAAAAUUUAGAAAUUUGUGUGAAAACAUAUUUACCAUGUACGUUUACUAGAUUACAUUUUGGUCUGCGGAUUUGUGUAACCCACAAAAAUGGUUAAACAAAUGCAUACUCAAUCGCUUCAUGGUCGACACACUCCAGUUGGUGCAAAGGAGGCUUUAAUAGACUCUCCAAACACCUCAACCCAAUUUUUCUGAUUAACUUGACUCAAGAAUGACACCAAGAGUUGAAACUGAAUCCUAAAGGUUAAUUAGCUUUGUAUUUUGCAUAAGAGCUUUCUUUUAACUCUUUUCAGUGCAGACUUUGGACUUUAUAUGUGAAUGGAAUUGUGUCCACCUCUUUUCACCAUCUGCGUCAUUUAGCUAAAAUAAAAUCAUUCCUGACAAGACACCACUUGGAGAUAGUAGUUCAUGCUUUAAUGACAACACAAAUUGAUUACUGCAAUUCCCGUCUGUUUGGGGUGAAUUGGCGACUCUGGCAAGCCUGCAGCUAGUGCAAAAUGUGGCAGCAACAUUUUUAGUGGGAAAAGAGAAAUUUGACCAUGUUUCCCUGGUCUAGGAAUCCUUGCAUGGGCUGCCUGUGGAUUUCCAGAUUUGUUUUAAAGUCAUUUUAUUAGUUUUUUAAUCAGUAGUCAAACUAAAAACAAACAUUUUGAAAAAAAAAACUUUUGCAAUUUUUAUUUACAUAGAAACAGAACUUUAGUGAGGAAAAACAAAAAUGUUUGCUAAUGCUCUUCUAAGGUCAUUAGACGUAGUGCGUUUACAUGCAGCCAGUAACCCUUUUAAAACACGAAUAUUCACAAUUGGUUUUGAAUCGCUUUUGGUGUAGCAGCCUAAAUCACCCACUCACUACUGAAAACCACAAGAAUGGAGUUAUUCCUACCUGUUUUUUUAAGUAAGCAAAACCAACAACAAAAAGCCUUUUAGUAGGUUUCAUUCAUCCACCAGGGAUGGUUGCUUACAGGAGUUUUGCAUGUUUAGAGGAGUGUUAUUGACUCACUGGAGGCAAAUGGAAAAACGGAUGUGGAAAAAUAAUCUAAGCUACAUUAAUUGACUUGUUGGCUGAAUGGCUACCUAAGCUGAACCUUACAUACUCUCAGAGACGCAUGUUGGGUAAAUGAUCCCAGAGAUUUGCUGCUUCAUCCACAGCGAGCAAGUCACAUUUCCUUCUUCUUUUUUUUAAUUCAUGCAAAAUUCAUAACAUCUCUUCAUGGCUUGGGAACGGAGAGUGUGAUGGAGGUGUGAUGUGAUUCCAUCAGCACUGGCUCCGGUGUUUUCUAUUUAUUUAUUUAUAUGAGAAUAAGAUGAAAACCAUUUGCAACUGCCUCCCAAGAUCCCCCACACACCCUGACAGUGUCAUAGCCGAAUGUUGAGGCCUGUGUGGAUUUGCUGGCUCUAGAUUUCAGUAUUUUUUUUAUCUUAUUUUAUCGACAAAUUGGAUGUUUUUUAACUCUUGAUUGCACCUUCCUGUUACAAUUCACUAUAAUCGGAGAGUUAUCAUUGAACUUGUCUCAUGACAGCCAUGAUUUAUACAGCAGAGGUUCAGUUCUGCUUUAGCUAUAAAAUCAAGGCUGAGGCAUCGCAGGUGGCAGCUUUUGGUCGUGUGAAAUUUUGACCUCAGAUAGCACUUUAUCGACUCUACUUUCUGUUUCGGAGUUUUGCAGAGGAAAAGAUUAAACCAGAGAGCCAAAGGAAAAGUGAUGCUUAGAGUCUGGGACUUUUGACAGCCUCUGCAAUCCACCAUCAUGUCACUGGCGCUAACUCAUCUAACAUGCAUUUCCAUAACCUCUUAGCAGUAAACCGCAUUUCUUCUUCAAAUCCAUGCCUUGUAGUAUUUCUCCUUCAUUUGAACUCUUAUUGAUGCACAAAUAUUCAGCAGAGUUUUGAACAAAUGCUGCCGCGACUUCAUAAAUCAUAGUGACACAUUAGGAAAUACUGUUUACCACUAGGAACAUCAUGGCUUAUGGAUUAUUUACUAGGUUCUGUGGGGCAAGUGGGUUUACUUACAAAUGCUUUCGGUCAACUAAACAAUCUGAUUUGACUAAAAGAGUGAAAGAAAGAUUGAUAGGCAGAUCGGUGCUGCGUCUAAGUGGUGGGGCCGUUGUGCUGGUCUGUCAAGGUGAAGAGAGAGCUGAGCCGGGUGGCGAAGCUAUUGAUUUACAAGUCGAUCUACGUUCUAACCGUUAUAUAUGUUGACCAGGAUUGUGUAAUGACCAAAAUACAAGAUCAUACAAAUGGCCAAAAUUAGUUGUCUGGGCUCUCCCGUAGAGAUGAGGUGAGAAGCUCAGUCAUCCCGGAGGGGUUCAGAGUAGAUCUGCUUCUCCUCCACAUAAAGAGGAGACAGUUGAGGUGGUUUGUAUAGCCUUGGAACCUCUGCAGCCCCUAGCAGCAUUCAGGCUCUCUAUAGUGGUUUCAGACACAUAGAAAGCUGUCACAGCACUAUCUGCUUUGUGGACCAAUUACAGUGAAUUUGCCAUGAAUUUCUCCAGCCUUAUGGACUCGUUCGGCUUUACCCAGCAUGUUUCUGGCCCCACACACACCAAGGGCACACUCUAGACCUUGUUUUUACCCUGAGUCUAAGUGCUGACAGUGUUUGUCCUGAGGACGUCUAUAUUUCAGAUCACCACUGCAUUUUCUUUACCUUGUCAGUUUCUGCGUUCCCACCUCCUGCUCGCCGUAUGGUUAGUUCUUGUUUUCUUAAUGAGAGCACAGCUAGCAAUUUUUCUGCUGCUUUUGAUCCACCCUGUUCUUCUGAUAACGACCCAGAUUCCUUGACUACUCCGUUUAACGAGCACUGCCUCUCCAUUCUGGACAACAUCUGUCCUGUCAGAACCAGAUCAGUUCCUGCAGUGAACCCUACUCCCUGGUUUAAUGACAGCCUUCGCAGCCUGAAGUGCCAGUGCAGAAAAAUUGAGCGCUUGUGGAAGAAAACCCAUCUCCACGUCCAUCUGCUGCACCUAAAGAAUCUUCUGACAUCCUUUAACUCUGCAGUCAGAAACGAGGGGGUUGCCUAUUUCUCCAACAUGGUGUCCCAGAGCAAAGGGAACCCCAAGGUGCUGUUUAACAUCAUCAGCAGCAUCGUGUCUCCUGCCUCUCCUACAGCCUCCAUCCACUCUGUUACAGACUGUGAAAACUUUCUGUCUUUCUUUGUGGACAAAGUCAAUAAGGUUAGAUCUAGCAUCUCUCCUUCAGCCUUAUCGCUGCCUCUCCCGACUCCUACCAGGCCAAUCAUCCUAGAUAGCUUUGCUCCUGUUUCUUUGCCUGAGUUAACCAAACUAGUUAACUCUAUGAAGACCUCUGCACGCCCCCUCGACAUCUUACCUUCAUCUUUGUUUAAAAGUGCUUUUCAGUCCAUCGGUCCCAGUGUGCUCUCCAUAAUUAAUGCUUCUCUGGUUUCUGGUCAGGUUCCUGAUUACUUUAAGAAUGCUGUAAUCCACCCGCUUCUUAAAAAACCGAGUCACGACCCCUCUCUCCAUAGCAGCUUCAGACCCAUCUCUAAACUUCCGUUCAUCUACAAGAUCUUGGUAAAGGUUGUGGCUAAACAACUCACAGCUGCUCUUGAUGAACAGAACAUCUAUGAUAGCUUCCAGUCAGGUUUUCAUAGAGCUCAUUCUACUGAAACAGCUCUUCUUAGGGUCUCUAAUGACCUUCUGACUCACAGUGAUGCAGGGGACUGUUCUGUUCUGUUCUGGUCCUGCUGGACCUGACUGCAGCCUUUGACACUGUUGACCAUCACCUGCUACUGGAGAGGCUGAGAGACUGGGUAGGCCUAUCAGGAUCUGCUCUGGAGUGGUUCUCCUCUUAUCUCUCUGAGCGCUCCUUUUCUGUGGCCGUCUCCAAGUUUAGGUCCUCUACCACCUCUCUUACCCAUGGUGUCCCACAAGGUUCUGUGCUGGGGCCUCUGCUCUUCCUCCUCUAUCUGCUUCCUCUUCAGCACAUCCUGAGCUCCUUCAAAGGAAUCUCCUACCAUCUUUAUGCAGAUGACAUCCAACUGUACAUCUCCUUUAAGCCCCAUGAGAUGUCUAAGCUGCAGCUGUUACACACUUGCUUAGACUCUAUCAAAACCUGGAUGGCUGGGAGCUUUCUUCAGCUAAAUGAAGAUAAGACUGAGAUCCUCAUCUGUGCCCCAGACAAGCUGGUUCCCAAAGUCAGAGACUCUCUUGAUCAGUUUGCUUCUCACACCAAACCUUCUGUCAGGAAUCUUGGCGUGACCUUUGACCCAGCUCUCACCCUGGAUUCUCAUGUCAGUUCUCUUGUUCACUCUUCCUUCUUCCUUCUUCCAUCUCAGGAACAUUGCUAAGCUGAGCCGCUCUGAACUUGAGACCGUUAUCCACACCUUCAUCUCCUCACGCUUAGACUACUGUAACUCUCUUUUCACGUGUCUGAGCAGAACCUCCCUGAACCGUCUACAGGUGGUUCAGAAUGCCUGUGCUCGGCUUCUGACCAAGUCCUCCAAACACACCCACAUCACCCCGCUUCUCCUCCAGCUUCACUGGCUGCCAGUCAACUUCAGGGUUCAUUUCAAGAUCCUGGUUCUGGUCUAUAGGGCCUUACAUGGACAAGCACCAUCUUACAUUGGUGAUCUUCUUAGUCCCUACACCCCCAGCAGGUCCCUGAGGUCCAGUGAUCAAAGCCUACUGGUUGUGCAGCACCAGGCUAAAGACCAAAGGUGACAGAUCAUUUGCUGCUGUGGCCCCCAGACUCUGGAACUCUCUCCCCCUGAGUCUGAGAUCAGUGGACUCAGUGGUCUCCUUCAAAAAGCAGCUGAAGACUCACUUGUUCAAGCUGGCUUUUGUAUGACCUUCUUCACCACUCUCUCUUUAUUCUGCUCUCCCCACCUAUUCCACCUUCCUCAGGAUCCACUGAUUUCCCUCUUUCCUGUUCACUUUCUCUCUUUCUUUACAUUUUUAAUCACAAAUUGCCUAUUUUUGCUCAUUUUAAAUAUAUUUUUAAACAUAUUCUAAAUUCUUUUUUAUAUUUUUACAUUUUUUGUUUUUGUGAAGCGCCUCGUGAUUUUUAUCUUGAGAGGCGCUAUAGAAAUGAUACUUUCUUCUUCUUCUUCUUCUUCUUCUUCUUCUUCUUCUUCUUCAGUGCUCUAUCCGCUUUGUGGGCUAAUCAGGGCCCUCUAUUCGUCUGGUGUGUGGGAUGAUGAAACAGAGUGGAACAAGAUGGUGACCGCUUGUUUGAAACAGCUUUGACCUCAAUUUUGGGCUAUUUGGACUUGGGCUUUAUUAGAAUCAGGAGCAGAAAGAUGUAUUUCAGUCCUUUAUUUAGAAAAAGGGAUGUAUUUUCACCUUAAACAGCGGACGGCCUUGUUUACCAACAUCCAUUGCAGUGAGUAUGUCAGUUCAUUGUCCAGUAGCAUGUGGAGAUCAUUUGAAAGACAAUGGUAGAACCCGCCUUACGACCGAGAACCGUCAAUGGAGCGUUGCCAUUUAGUCUGGCUUGCCAGGCUAGGUGGUUUGGGCAUCUGGUUAGGAAGACCCAUUGGUAUCGAGGUAUUCCGGGUAUGUCCAACUGGUAGGAGACCUAAAGAAAGACCCAGGAUACGCUGGACGGACAGUCUCUCGGCUGGCCAGGGGAUUCCCCCAGAGGAGCUGGCUCAAAUGCCUGGGGAGAGGUAAGUCUGGGCCUGCGAUCCCAGAUAAGCAGAAGAGAGUGGAUGGAUGGAUCUUCACAAAAUGGAAAAAUUCCCAAAUCUUUCCCUCUUUGAGGAUCUCCCCAUCCCAUCUUCUCCCUGAUUUGUACUCCCUUUUUUCUCAAGCAAGACCCCCUGGGAGGAAAGCUGUUUUACAUGAAAUCAAGCAGAGAUCACAAAUCAACGGUUCACACUGAAGACACCGUCACCAGAGGGCACGAUUGUGUACACAGUCUGCAAUCCGGAGCUGCACGGCUGCAAUUGGCCAAAUGAACUCCUUAUUUACAGCGGCGCUGCUCAAGUAUGACUUUCUGUGGGGAAUAUUUGCUUGUGUGCACUUCUUACGAGGUGUGAGAAGGCAGGACAGAUGGGUGUGCUUUGUUCUCAGAGAUGAGACAUGCACGAGGCAGAGCUACUAAAUUAACAGAAAGCAGAGCGUGGCUCGUAGCUGAGGCCCGCGCGCAGCUUGUUGCACCCGCCACAGCGUGAUACCACACCACUUUGUGUGGAAUGACUCACUCAGUGAUGUAAGGGUGAGUCAGAACACGGAGAAGCGUUGUUAAUAAAUAACACUUGUGUUUUCGAGUGAUGCGCGGGGUUCUCUCUGGAUGAUUAAAGAAGACGAGCAGCUUUAAAGGAGGAGAGCAGAUGCACCACCUGUACUGUAAAAAAAACCAUCUCUGCAAUUAUCUGUUGAUGCAUCAGCAGCAGACAGAAAUGUCUCUGGUUGUGUUUUCGCUUUGAAAAAAUAGUUGGAAAAGACAAUCAAUAGUUGUAUUAGAAGGCUUUGUUUGUUGAGGCUUUUGGGGACAAAAGUGUCAGGAGCUUGCUAAUGAAAUUCUUGGACGCAGCAGGCGAAUCACAAAUCAGCACGAGUGGCACAAAACUGAUGUGGCAACAACAAAAAGGCUGAUAGUCACACAUCAUUUAUUAUGGAUUAAAAGCAUCUACAAAUUUACAAACGCACAGGGAAAUAUGCUCAUCCCAUUUAUAAUUGAUAAAAACACAAACUGUGUGUGUGUGUGUGUGUGUGUGUGUGUGUGUGUGUGUGUGUGUGUGUGUGUGUGUGUGUGUGUGUGUGUGUGUGUGUGUGUGUGUGUGUGUGUGUUUUCACUGGAACCGGUUAAGAUGGAGUAAACUGAUGCAAAGGUUUCUGCAGCAUUCCACCGGGAGCUCAGCAUUUAGUGUCUGGAUCCUCCGGGGCCCCGAAGAGGCCUGGGUAUUAAAAAUCACCCCGGCUAAUUAACUGAUCUGGGUGUUUAUUGUUUUAUUCGCUUUAAUAUGACUCCACGCUGGAGACAGCUGAGGAACACAAUAUUCCCCAUGCCCAUUCCAGUACCCUGAAUAUGUCAUUCCUUUCUAUUUAUCUUGUUUCUUUGUUGUUGCACAUCUGAACUAAAUUGAUUAACAGUUCUCAGCUACAACCUCAAUGGGAUCAUUUUAAUUGGUAAUAAUCGAGGAUAAUAUAAAACUGAUUGAUGUGAUGUUCCCAAAAGGUUUAUGUAGAUUAGGUUCAGGAACAGAAAACAUCUGUUUCUUUUACAGAUGGCAGCGGUCACGGCUGUAUCUGACAUUCCUGCAUUUUUGAUUGAUUUAUUGGUUUUCACACUUUCAUCUCAAACAUAUCAAAUAUGUGCACACCUACAUAGUGGCAUCUCACAUUCUUUAACCUUUACCGUUCGCUAAUUAAACUCGAUCUUGCCUUAAAGCCUCCAGAUGCAGUAUUAGGAUUAGGAUUUUCAUCAGCAGCCUGUCCCAUACAUAUCUACUGCCCUCUAGUGGAGCAUCUACACGCCGGAAAGGGACAAUUUUAUUUGUGUCGUAACUUUAAAAUGUUAAAAUAUCAAAAGAAAACUGGUUAUUAUAAUAGUUUUAUUCACAUUAGACAAAAUAUCAUUCAGUUAAGUAACAUUUUUAUCAUUUUGUUUCAUAUUUAGGGCAUGAAGUGCCUGAAUGGUUGUUGCAUCACAAACCACACGAACAGAAUGAGUUCCCAGUUUCUGUCAUCAGAGUUCAAAGCAGAGCUCUUAAAAGGGAAAGCAGGUGAGAAAACAUGAUUCUUUGUGACUUUUGUAACAUCUUGUCUCAUUUCUAAGCUAAUCUUUUAGCUGGAUUUAUGUCAAACAAGAAAAGCCUCCGAUUAUGUAUUUUUUUGUUGACAAAUUGGUAUAGUUGAUAUUAACCCUAAGAUACGAUAUAAUUGGUCUCAAUUUCCUUUCAACCUUUGUGAAAAUUAACAUUUUUAUGUAUUUUCAAACAAAAAAGUCAUAUUUGUAGCAUAUUUAAUCUUGAAUCCUGUCCUUGAUAUGCAUCUAAAGACAUUGAGCUCUUUUUUUUUAUUUGCCUUAAUCCAUCCUAAACCAGCCAGAGAUUGCUGUAGCUAUUUUAAGAGUUGUGCACAUAAACUCUCCUGGAGAAAUGACACAUUCAGCUUAUAAUAUCAGCAGCACAGCUUGCCUUUCAGCAUUUCUCAUAUCAGCAUCAUAAACAGAGCUGAGAGGCAACGAGGAUGAAUAGGUUCCCUCCUUCUCUCACCUCGGUGAAUCAGCUGCUCUGCUGCUUAUUAUACACUCUGCAAGAGCCUGACUUGCUUAAGGGCAAAGCAAAGAGAUAUUUUGUAAUAUCAUCUAAAGCAUGUUAUUAUUAAUUGUUAAUAGGAUAAUGCAUAUGGUUAGAUGAGGCCUGUGCAUGAGUAAAGUGAAGACCGAGCUUCAGCAGAGAUGUGAGGCUGGUUUUCUUGUGGGAACAGUAAUUAGAAAUGAACAGGAACAUGCAAAGCGAGUUAUCUCAUGUGCCACUUAGUGCUGGAGAUGAGGACAUCUGCGGAAAAGUUUAAAAAAAUAUAACAAUUCCAGAAAGAACAGGAAAAAAAGAGGUGGGGAGAAUGCAACAGGGAACAGAUUCACCGAAGUAAGUGACAGGAGACAGAGAGGAAGUGGAAAAACAAACCAGCCUCAGAAGCAGGUUGGAUUCAACUGCGUGUGACGUGCAAAUGUCAAAAUGUUUGUUGAUUAUUUAAGUGAAUGAAAUAUAUUUUUGAUUUGUUUGUUUUAAAAGCUUGAUAAAGAAGAGCCGUAACCCUGUGGGGCAAAUGGAUCCAGUUUUAGUUGUUUUUAAAUGGCUCCAUAGACGCACAUUUGUGUACACACAAGUAAUCACGUUUCACCGUGUUAUGAGAACAAAUAAAACACCAGCAAAGUAAUAUAUUUACUCAUUUCCUCUUCUGUUUUCACUUUAUUGCCUCCUGGUUUAAUAACUCAUGAAGUUCAUGUUGCUUUACAAAGAAAAAUCUACAGAUUUAGAUGCAGCCUAGUGAUUCUAUAGGAAUGCAGCCAUACACGUGUGAUGGUUAUUCUAGCGUUCAUGACCCUUAGGUCUGUUUACUGUUUAUUUUUACUCUCAGGUCAUAAAACAAGUUGGUUGAAUUGACUUAAAUGCUUUGUUUUUUACGGAGAAUUUAAUUUUAAUUGGAUUACUUUGGCUUGUUCAGAUGAAUCAUUAAUUAAAAAUCAGCAGAGUUUAUUUAACGCUCCUGAAGGUUUUAUUUUUAGUCCGAAAAAGGAUUUGAAGUUAAUUUUUUUUAAGUUUCUUUUCUUUCUUUUGUCCCAAGAAAAUGUCCAACAUAAAUCAGAAAAAAAGGCUGAGAAAUGCUUUGGUUUCAACCUGCUCUAAAGGAUUUUUCAGCCUUUUAAGUGUUUUCUUUAGAAAUGAUAAAUAACGAUGCUGUAUAUAGUGAGAAGCAUCAUGAAUGGCCUCAGUUUGGAGAAGUAGCUUUUGUUCUUGGGCUCGCGAGCUGAAAGCUAAUUUGAGGCCAGCCAAGAACUAUGAGUGUUGCUCUAAUCAUGAAAUUUUCUCAGUGGUUGUCUUAACAUUUCUACCAUAAUGAGUUUUAGCAUUGCCUGGUGAUUGACAUGGACUUAUAUGGUUCUUUAUUGACAUAACUGUCAGCUAAAUGUAGCAUUCUGGUGCAUCUAAAGGUUGGGUCCUGCAGGAGGUUUUUAUUAUUUAUCCCUAAAUAAACAGACAGUGAUGUAAAUGGCCUGUAUUUGAAACAGCACCUUGUAGAGUCCUAGAAACCCCCCCAAGCCACUUUACAACACAAUCAGUCAUUCACAGAUGCACACACACAUUCACACCUUGGUGGUGAUAAGCUACAGUGCAGCCACAGCUGUACUUUUCUUUAACGCCACUGGGCUCAGGAACAGAGGUGAGACUGUCCACUUGUCAAGCCCAAAUGACAGACUGGCUGUGUCUCAAUUCAGGGUCUGCAUCCUUCGUCGGCCGGUUACGUCACAGCGCCGCGACCAGGCCUGUCCCAAUUCGAAGACUCCUUCAAAUGCGGUUGGCGAAUCCGGCCUUCUUUUCGCCUGCAAGCAGGAUGGGUCCGGUAUAUCCUUCAAUGGUUUACAUUUCCCAAGAUGCCUUGCGGGCCAGACGGUAGAACUUUUAAAAACAAUGGCGGACAGUGAAGCGGGAGCUGUUGGAGAGGAUUGCGCAUAUAAAUACUAUUCUGGAGAAAAUGGGCAUCCAGGGGAAGGUGACAGCGAUGACCAGCUUCUGGAGCUGAUCAGGGAGGACUUGAGGCUGCAGAGGGAGGCAGAGCAGCAGAGGGCACAGGAGAGAAGGGAGAACUUUGACAGCUUUUUACUUUGCUAGAAAAAAUGGUUAAGAAAGGUUAAACAUGUACAUAUAAAAGAAAUAUCUAAAUAAAAUCAGUUCUGCAUUAAACUCUUGAAUUUUAUUUUUGUUUACAAAUGAGAAUUGUUCAAUAUUACAGGGUAUCCGCUGGGUCUUAAAGUCUUUAAAGGUGAUAAAUCGGUUUUGGUCCAAUUAAGACACUUAAUUUUCUCUGAAUUAGCUCUCCAACAGUCAAGGAAAUGACUAACAAGCUAAAUAAAACUUCGAGCUCCAUCGUUUCAAGUUCCUUCUCCCUUCUGCUCAGCGGUUCCACGGUUGCUAGGCGACGGAACGUUCAUCGAGGGAAUGGCGGGAAUUCAUGAAGGCUAGGCCUGUCCAAAUUCACAGCCGUUAACAUCCGGUCUACUCGGCCAACAGAGGACCCAGCCCACGUCGGCCGAGUAGGCUGGGUCCUUCAAAGGAUGCAACCCUGAAUUGAGACACAGCGACUGAGUGGGGCUCGAAUCUGCAGCUCUCCGAUUACGGCAUAGACACUUAACUCAUCUGCCACUCUUGCCCUCUUACCUCAAGGCAAAAAGAUGAUGCUGCAUCUGUCAAAUAUUAGGUUGCCAUUUUCUUAAAGUUGUCCUAAAAUUCUAAUCUGCACUUACCUUGUUGUCAGGGCCGUUUCAAGUCACAUGGGGGUCCAAGGCUAAAUGGACUCAGGACCCCCCACCUCACGCACUCAAAGGACCAACAACAUAGACCAACUGUCCGCCCAAACUUUAUAUCAAUAACAUAUUUUGGGGACAGUGUAUAAUGUUUACAUUUGAACAUUUGCCAAGACUCACCACCCUUCCAUAACAACAAAUGGUAACUACAAAAUAAUGUACUUUUAAAAAUGCACACAGUAAACAUAUCCGACAUACAAAGUUACACAGAUACACAGCUUGACAUCGUAUUUAUUUGAUAAACAGCUACUUCCUGGGGGCCCUGGCCACCUCUGGGCCCAAGGUUUUUGCCUAGUUAGCCUGUCUUGUUGGUUGUUGAAUAAUGGGAGCUUGGGGUAUCUAAUGUGGCAAACCAGGAAGUCUGUGCCAUCUCCAACCUGCUUUCCUACGUAAAUUAGUAUAGCAGUGUUAAGAGAAAAGCUGGUUUUACACACCAUAAGCUAAGACACACCACCUUACAUUAGCAUGACUUAACGUAGGUCCACAUAACACUAAACGCAGAGUCACGCUAGUCUGAUCUACGGCUAAUGCUAGCUAAGAAAAUAAGACCUGUCAAAUUUUGAGUUCCAAAAAGCUUCGUUUUGCUAAAAUGUAGAAGAAAUUUGACAUUUUAGACCUCGAGCUAUAAGUUAUGUGUGUGCUCAACUGUUCAAAGUACCAGUUCUGACCAGGUGUGCUUAAACAUUUACACGUUUCGUCUAAGGCCAUCUUUCCUUGUACUUCUGAGAUACUUGUAUCCGUAGCCUGAUGUCCCCAGGGUAAAAUUUCCAGAUAUGGGUUUCAUUGCAGCUCAAACAAGGCGUAAAGCAGCUCCCUGUCAUUGCAAGUGAACCGUGCAGCGCCAUAGGACAGGCGGUUUGGUUUAUCUGGCCACCUUCACCAAGUGCUUUAAAAACCCCUCUGGUGCUCGGAUAAACGGUCUGCACACACCUCUGCUAAGAACUGAGGCAUUCCCUCACUGAGAGCCUUAAAAAGAUGAAAAGGCCUACACGAUGGCGGUCUGAUUCACUGUUGGCUUUAAAGCCUUCGACAGCUUUCAGUACACGGUUAGUCAAAAUUUUCUUUAGUAUUUCCCAUUAGCGUGUCGUGAGCCACGACUGACCAUCACCGAUCGAUUUCUUCACCACUCUCCUUCGUUUGUAGCUAUUAAAUAUAAAUGAUAUCUGAGGAUGCUGUUGCCAUGACACCAGAGCGAAAGCCUCUCAUGACGUGACAUUUUAUAUGUAAGUUAAGCUGAUUAGCUUGUUUGCACGCCGUCUCAUCACUGCUGCUCACUUCUGCAUUCAAGGAACUGAAAAUUAAUCAGCAAAUGGAAUGUAAACAACCAAAGACAAUCUGGAGAGAGAAACAACUGUCAUUUAGCAGAUAAUCCGCCCAAAACAUGGCUCAAGCGGCGUGGAGCACGUGUAGGUGCUGACAGCUCCCCUCAUGAAUCGUCUUCCUCUCUUCACGAGGCAGCUGUGUCAUCGGUACACAAAACACUUGUCAUGAUUUAUUAGAGCACAAAUCUCUGAGGAGGGGUUCCCAAAUCACUUACAAGAUGCUCGCAUCAGAGGCAAACUGCUGACUCGAUCUGAACCGGUAUGCACGCUCCGGCGAGCAAAGACGGUAACAUUAGCUGCCAUUAAGUGUGACUUUGAAAUGAAAAUACAGAUUUUAAGCAUCAAUAUUUCAACAGGCCUGCGAAUUGCCUCCAAGACACGUGCUGAAUUAUUGAGGGGGAACUGUUUGCAGUUUGAAGUAUGUUGCAGGUGAUUUUCAUUGACAGGAUGGGGGUUCUUUUUUUUAUCUUUUUACUGUCUACAGUCAAAAGCUUCUACACACAAGUCAAUCCUUUAAAUCCACAUUCUUUAUUGCAGUUUUAUUUAUGCAUUGAUUGAAAUAGUCAUAUUAGAAAAAGUUUCUGAGAUGAGAGGUCAACGAAGUUAAAUAAUUCUGCUUGAACACACGCUUUCACUUUUAGCAUGUUUUUAAGUCAAAAUACUUACUGAUGCAGCUCACCAUGGAGACCAAAUGCAUAAUUAAUAACAGAACUGUGUUCUUACUGUAGAGUCAGUGUUAUAAUGUGUUCAUAUUCACAUAUUAAUAAUAUACCCUUUACAUUCUGAUUUCUCACUCAGUUUAGCAGUCUAUUGGGUUUUGUCCAAAGUCGCCACCUAGUGUACGAGCAUUGAAACAGCAGUUUAAAGGUUAAUGAAGUGGUGGUAAGGGUGUACUUUUCUUUAACGCCAAUUUUAUCAAUUUCAUAUUUCAACAUUUUAAUCUUGAUAUAUAUCAAGUAAAAAUUUAGUUCAAAGUUUUUCCUCAGAAGUUUUUUUUUGUAUUUUACUGUCUAAAUGUAUUGUAUUAGUUAAAAAAAUGUGAUCAUUAAACAUGAAAAAAAUAAGAUUCCUUUUGGAUUACUGUAGCUAUACUUGCUGUACAAGCUAAAAGUAAACGCUGUAAACAGAUGAAGUUGUGUGAUUUUUCAUUAUACCAAACCCAAACAGAUGUUUAACUUGUUUCAGGUUUUUUCCACCAUCAAGAGUUUCUUCAGUAAUUAAAAAUGUCCUAUGACGGACUUCAGUCAUUAUAAACAUUCAUUUUUUAUUUCAGCUGUUUAAAGGUUCUUUUAGAAGAGGAUUGCAUCAUUAUCCAUCUGAAUAUGUCCCUUUUCAUUUAUGCAACUUAGUUUAAAUCUUAAUGGAAAACGUAAUUCUUCAUGUCAGAACUGAUCCUUCUGCAUCCAUCUGUGGUAAAACAAGCAGCAUAUUGAGGAAUGUAUAUAUAAUUAUUUUAGUGUAUAUCAACAGUUGAGAGAAGAAACUUAAGUUGUUCCGGUUUAAUCUGCAAAACCAAAUCUAACACGUCCUAGUAGUGAUAUGUGGUACAGAAAUCAGUUUAUGGUUUCAAAUCAGCAGAAGAUGAUGUGACUUUUACUUUCAAAGUUUCAAAAAUAAAAUAAAAGAAAACCAUCUUGGGUGACUUUAUUGGGUUUUUACUUAAGACAAUGCUCUGGAAUGUUUAGGGGGUUAAUCAGCAUAAACUUUGCUCUAGUCCUGUAAUCGUCCCUGUGCCAAAGAGACUCGGUUCGAGUUAAUAAAAAGGAAACGGUGGCAGGAGAGGAUCAAGUUUAAACAGGCAGAACACAGCUUCAAUCACAUCUGAUUUGGUACUUUUUUCCCUUUCAGCUGAUAAAAGAUGACCCUCAAUCCAACUGUGAGCAACUUCUACCCCAGAAAUGUCCGUUCUGAGUCAUUUCUCCGGCUGCUGUGAUGUGUUGCUGUGUGUGUGGAAAGAGGGCAUGUGGAACAACACUGUGGAGGGGCGGAUUCACAAACGAGGCACGUCAGCGGUCCAGCGAGCGCUUCUGGAUUGCCUCGGCCACCACAGUGCGGAGGAGCGCGAUGACCGAGCGAGGGUCGUCGCUGCCGAUCACAGCGCUGCCCGACACGAUCAUGUUAGCUCCGGCCUAGAGGAAACAUGUUCACACGUGAUGUUAAAGAAAAAUUCAACACAGUGAUUUUAAAGUAGUAACCGGCCUUCACCUCUGCACACUUGUGAACUGUGUCAGGGCCGACGCCUCCAUCUACUUCUAUGUCUAAAGAGGGGAACUGACUCCUCAGCCAGCUCACCUGGACAAGAAAGAAAGAUAAAUGAAAUCAUUUGUCCUGACUGAAAAAAGCAGCUAAUGACUGAAUUACUCAGGUACAUUUUACACCUCAAAUUCUCAGACCUCACCUUUUCUGUUUCCAACUUAUCAACUAAAUUGUUAAUCCUUCAGUUAUAGCCAAUUCUUAUGGUUUACUAAUUUCUCAGAAAGCUAAAUCUGUGGAGGACUAUAUUCCCAACCCUGGAGAUCUGUUUUUAUGUUUGGUUCUUCACCUAUGGUGUGUCCUUACCUUGGGCAUCAUAUCUUCCAUAAACUUUUGUCCUCCAAAACCAGGUUCAACAGUCAUAACCAGAGCCAUGUCGAUUUGAUUAGCCCACGGGGCCAGCUCUUCUACUGUAGUGCCGGGUUUAAUUGCCAAACCCACCUGAAAUACAAUAAAACCAUCUUACUUCACUUCACUUUAGUGAGAUUUUACCCAGAUUGGAUUUCAUUCAUGUCUAUUUUUUAUUUUUUGGUCUGACCUUCAUACCGCUCUCUCUGAUCUCCUUAAUGAGGUUUCCAGGGUUGGUGGUGCUCUCUAUGUGAAAGGUGUACUGGUUGGCUCCAGCUGCAGCCAUGGGCUUCACCCACUGCUCCGGCCGGGACACCAUCAUGUGCAUGUC